GCACAUUCAUACAAGAAGAGGAUGUAGAGAAGAAAAGGGAGGUGCAAAUAUUUCUACAUUUCCCAAACUAUUCACUGCCUCACAGACUGCCACUGAUCCCGACUGAAGACAGAUCUUAACUCCUCUCCCACAGGAUUUCAGGCUGCAUCAAUGGAGUCUCUCUCAGUGUCAACCAACACCUUCACUCUGGACCUUUACAAACAGCUGAAUGAAAUUUCCAAAGGCCAAAACAUUUUCUUUUCUUCUUGGAGUAUUGCAACUGCUCUCGCCAUGGUCUACCUUGGUGCAAAAGGUGACACUGCAACCCAGAUGGCUGAGGUUCUUCAUUUUAACCAGACUGCAGGAAAAGAAGGUUCGUCUGAGACAACAAGGCCUUCUCUGGGGCGACCAAAGAAAAGAAAGAUGGAUCCUGAGCACAAGCAAGCUGAAAACAUCCACUCUGGCUUCAAAGAGCUCCUGUCUGCCAUCAACAAACCCCGCAGCACCUACUUGCUGAAGAGUGCGAACCGACUGUAUGAGGAAAAGACCUACCCAUUACUGCCUAAUUUCUUACAGCUCAUUACAAGCUAUUACAAUGCAAAGCCACAAGCUGUAAACUUUAAGACAGAUGCAGAACAAGCCAGAGCACUGAUCAAUUCAUGGGUUGAAAAUGAAACUGAGAGGAAAAUACAGGAUCUGCUGCCUGCAGGAUCUCUCAACUCCCACACUGUGUUGGUCUUAGUAAAUGCCAUUUAUUUCAAAGGAAACUGGGAAAAGAAAUUUCUAGAGAAAAAUACUUCUGAGAUGCCCUUCAGACUGAGCAAGACCAAGACUAAACCAGUACAGAUGAUGUUUCUGCGAGAUGAAUUUUUGAUGCUCCAUGAAACAACCAUGAAAUUCAAAAUCAUUGAACUGCCAUAUGUGGAAAAUGAACUUAGUAUGUUCGUUCUCCUACCAGAUGACAUCCAUGAUAACACUACUGGUCUGGAGCUGGUGGAAAGUGAGCUGACCUAUGAGAAAUUGACUGAAUGGACCAAAUCAGCCAAUAUGAUGAAAGCUAAAGUGGAUCUGUACCUGCCUAAGUUGAAGCUGGAAGAGAAUUACGACCUUAAAUCAACUCUGAGCAGCAUGGGGAUACGAAAUGCUUUUGACCCAGUUCAGGCUGAUUUCACAGGGAUGUCAGUGAAGAAGGAUCUUUUCAUCUCAAAAGUUAUUCACAAAGCUUUUGUAGAGAUCAAUGAAGAAGGUACUGAGGCAGCAGCUGCCACAGGUGUCCUGGUGCUGAGAUCAAAAGCACCAACAAUGACUUUUAAAGCUGACCACCCUUUUCUCUUCUUCAUCAGACACAACAAAUCACAAACCAUCCUCUUCUUCGGCAGACUCUGCUCACCCUAGUCUGAGUUACUCCUUGCCCUGCAGAGCAGGAGACACUCAACCUUGCCAGCACAAACACCAAAAUCUGAAACUCCUGCUGCAACUGGGGGGAGCGGGACCUGAAUCCUUUCUCCAUCAGACCACACACCCCAGGGCCCGAGGCACAGCUCCUCCUGUACCGCCCUCCUACCCUGAAGGGACAACCAUGGCAGUGCCAAGGGGAGCGCACGAUGCCUGGCAUCCACAGAGCAAUCCUGGUUGUCUUUCAGCCCAGGCCAUCAAGGGUAGCUCUGUCCUAACCACUAUUAGCUAUGGCUUUUCUAUCCCUUCCCCUCACAGCAGUGUCUAUAAACAUAUGCUAACGCAGUCCCUUCUCCUCACCCUCAUGACUAGAGCCCCUGAUCCAGACGUGGUCUCAGCACUUACUCCCAGCCCGCAGCAGUUAGUCCAGCUCCUCUUUCGCCCUUGAUUAGGUCCUUGCAUUACAGCUGGAGGCAGGCAGACCC